CUUGAUUACAAAAUGGUCAUCAAGGUUUGACGGUCUUCCCCGUCAGCGUCUUCCUGUCGGUGGUGUGUAUGAGCAAGAACAGCAGGACAAGAGGGAAAGGAAAAAACGAAGAGAAGGCACAUACUGUAAGGAACCUUUCUUCGAUUCACGGACACUUUCUUUAUUGGUGGAAAGCUUGGCGACAUCAACUGAUUCAGCUGCAGAUUCGUCUCCGUCGCAAUUACCCUCUAGUUGUGAUCUGGCGAGCAUCCACUACUGAGAGCGGAGUAAAGCUACUGAGAUGAGAUGGUACGGCUACCAGGAUCUAAGCAGAAACCGCCGAGAUUGGCCGUGAUCUGCGUGGCACUGCUAGGUUUCGCCUUAAUCGCCGAUUAUCUCUGGGCAUCGUCCCCGCGUUUCGGGGCUUCAAAUUUCUCUGACGCCGGUAUCUCCUUAACCAGUCGAAUCAUUCCCAGGACCAACGGCGACGCAUCCGUGAAAUCAGAGGGCAACCCUGAUGUUAAGCAAGGAGCUGAGAAAGAUGGGAGUGGUAAGGAGAAAGGAAGUGAGAAGGACAAGAAGAAGUACGCCAAUGUGCCGGAGAGAUUCCUGUCAGCAACAUUUGCCGAUUUGCCUGCACCGCUGCUAGAUUGGAAGAAGAUGGCUCCUUCCCCGGUGCCCCGUCUUGAUGGAGCUGCUAUCCAGAUUAAGAAUCUUCUUUUUGUCUUUGCUGGAUACGGUACCAUAGAUUAUGUACAUUCACAUGUCGAUAUUUAUAAUUUUACUGAUAAUACAUGGGGAGGGAGAUUUGACAUGCCCAAAGAGAUGGCACAUUCGCACUUGGGAAUGGUAACGGAUGGGAGAUACAUAUAUGUUGUGACUGGUCAAUAUGGCCCACAAUGCAGAGGGCCUACUGCUCAUACGUUUGUUCUUGAUACUGAGACAAAGCAAUGGAGAGACAUGCCACCUUUGCCAGUUCCAAGAUACGCACCAGCAACCCAGCUUUGGAGGGGUAGGCUCCAUGUGAUGGGUGGCAGCAAGGAGAAUAGGCACACGCCAGGAGUAGAACAUUGGAGUCUUGCUGUUAAGGAUGGAAAAGCCUUGGAAACGGAAUGGAGGACAGAAAUUCCCAUACCUCGUGGAGGACCUCAUAGGGCUUGUGUUGUUGUAGAUGAUCAACUUUAUGUCAUUGGUGGUCAAGAGGGUGACUUUAUGGCCAAACCUGGAUCUCCAAUAUUCAAGUGUUCACGUAGAAAUGAGGUAGUGUUCGGUGACGUGUACAUGCUCGAUGAUGAGAUGAAGUGGAAAGUGUUGCCUUCAAUGCCAAAGCCUGAUUCUCACAUUGAGUUUGCUUGGGCGCUUGUAAAUAACUCCAUUGUAAUAAUUGGAGGGACGACUGACAAGCAUCCUAUAACAAAGAAGAUGGUCCUUGUUGGCGAGAUUUUCCAGUUUAACCUAAAUAAUCUGAAAUGGUCAGUGAUUGGAAAACUUCCUUUCCGAGUCAAGACCACGCUGGUCGGUUUCUGGGACGGACACAUAUACUUCACGUCAGGGCAGCGAGACAAAGGACCGGACGAUCCUGCACCCAAGAAAGUCAUUGGAGAAAUGUGGAGAACCAAACUGAAGUUGGAACCCUGAAAUGCAGUUUUGUCUAAUUCAUUAUUUCUAUUUUCUGCGAUUAAACAGCUCUGUAUCAUCAAUCGUCGUUGUGAUCGUUUCUUUCUGUAGAAUUUUUUUUCCACGGCCUUCUCUUCAGUUUCGUUCACCUCUAAAUCUAGAAGGUAGGAACUGAAUCUUUAGAGUUCAACUUCAUACCUUAAUGUCGAUUUGAAGAAAUGUGUAUUCGAUAUCAUUUGUUUUUCAUUCUGAGAAGAACAAGAAGUUACACAAUCCUAUAAUUUUGUUCAGUUUUAUCAAGCAUGUAGUUCCCAUUACAAUAUUCAGAUUUUAUGUGCGAGGUUUAAGGUUUCAUCUUUGACUUCUACAGCAAGCAACAGGGCCUGAUGAGAGCUUUAUUAUGUCGAUCGGUGCGCAGUGAGUAAAAAACACAACCAUAGGACAACACCAAUGCUGUAGGUGGAGCUAGUUGGCGAUGCGAUCUAAUUACUUUUUCUUUCUUAUUUCUGAUGAUUUACAAGGCUACUGAAAAAGUUCCACAACAAAGAGCUCCCCAUCAAACCGCAAACCAGCAGCUUCACCAGGCUGAAGCAAACCAUCCACCAUCCCACCAUACAGAUACAGAUAACGCCCCGAUUGAUCUCCACAAGCUCUAUGGAAUGACCUACGGUUUGGUUUAUGACCCUUUACAUUGAUCCUCUUCCACAAACUAGACGAUGCCUGCUGCAAUCUCCUGGUAUUCAGCGCCGGCGGUGGCAGCUGCUCUCUGAUAGGCAAAACCGCCUCAAUGUCCAGAAUCAAGAAGUCAUCUUUUCUGUGCCUAAGUGAAUCUUCUCCUCCGUGGAUCAGCAGCCGCCCUCCCAAGAUUGGGGUAGCCGAAUGACCAACUCGUCUCAGCGACACUCCUUCAGGCACCUUCUGAUUCUCAUACACGACCUGCACCCACAUGAGAUCACCACUUUCAGAUAUUUGCAGGAGCCACAAGUCAUCCAUGGCCUCAUACCCCAGCCCUCUUCCUCCGAAGAGAACCAUUUUGGUUCCUCCAAUGCAGGACAACGAGUGCCCUGAUCGCGGUGGAGGUGCUGGAUAAGUCAGUAACUCGCGCCAUGUUCCUGAACAGAAGUCUUCUGCUGGUUCCAAAACCCAUGUGUCGCCUAACCUCAGGCCGUAAAGCCCUAUGCCUCCCUGGAUGACCAUCUUCCUCUCGAAGCAACAAGCAGCGUGAGCACCCCUUGGUGGUGGCGCCCUGGAGGAACCCAGAUCAAGAUCGAGCAGCCGCCACGACAAUGUGAUUCCGCCACCUCCAACAUUAUUCUCUGUGGAUAGCACUCGCCCAACCCAUGUGUCGUUGUGACGGACUCCACGGUCAUUGAUACCUCCAAAGAGGAUGACAUAAUUCCCAAUAGCAACACAUGUAUGCCCAAACCUACCACUUGGGAUCCCUGUACUGACUUUCUGCCAUUUUAUCAUUGUUUGAGAGUUGCUGCCAACGUAUGCUAUCCAUGUCUCGUCAAGAUGGCGUCCUACAACGCAGCCGCCGCCAAAGAGGACCAAGCAAUCAGAUAUGAAGUUGAGGGAGUGAGAAGCCCUUGGGCUGGGAAUCCCACCCAAUUCAGCAGCGUCCGGGUCGGGAAGAAGCCUGCUGCAAGACACGGUGUCGAGCCGAGACACCUUUCUGUACAUCGCCAUCCACGGCUUCGCAGCAACGUUUCUCAAAUUGGGGAGGAGCGAAGAUCUGAGUGCGUCGACGGAGGAAGCCCCGAAUUCCCUGGUGCAGACGGACUCCCAGAGCGUGUCCGAAGUCGCGAGGGACCUGAACCUCUUGCAGGUAGCGGCGAAGGAGAGGAUCGAUUCGACGGGGAGAAGGAGCAGGACUGUGAAGAGAUGAUCUGGGGCCAUGUUGGUGAUCGGCGAGGAUGAUGGCGAUGAUGAAGCUGGAGCUGAUGAUGAUGAUGAUGAUCCAUUGUUGUCGGUAGGAGUGGGCUCGGCGAAGAAGAAGGAAGAGGAAG